AUGAACACUACAGGGAUACAUCAGGGGACGCUACGGAUGUAUGGUGGCUUCUUCUUCAAGCAGUGGAAGAAACGGUUUGUGCUCCUGACUCCUGAGGGCAGCCUGCUGGUUUGCCACAAUGCCACAUCUUCCCCUGAUCAGCUGGUGUCUCUGCAGAGUGACUGUGAGGCCAUUGCAGAGGGCAAAGACAUCCUCGACCUGCCCAAGUUACCCCCAGGCGGAAGUCGGAGCUGCUGCUUUGCUCUCAUACUCCACCAGAACAAGUAUCUUCUACUGCUCGCAGACAAUGCUGCAGACUGCAGUCAGUGGCUAAAUAUACUGAAAAAAGUGAAACAAGCCAUUCCCUGUAAGAGGCAUCAGGUGCCACCAAACAUCACUCUUAAAGAUUUGAGGUCGGAGCAGAUCCCAGACAGAGAUCCACUGACUCCUCCCAUCAGCAGUACAGAGGCCUCCUGCCCAGCAGCAGGAACCUGUGGGUCACCAAGAGAGGGGGGCAGGAAUGCUCUACGUUCUCAGCAGUACAGGGGACAUGCACAUUCAAUGGGAUGUCUGCGCCAUGGCACUAUCAACAAUGCCCAGGCCAUGAAGGCUGUGUACUUGCUGAUGGGAGGAGCUGCUGCCUCCUCAGCUUUGGGUUACCUUGGUGCAUGCUCCCCCUCUAAUCUGGAAGCCAAAGCUCCCGAUUUACCCCCCAACUCAGAUUUCGCUGGCAUAGACCCAACUGGGACGUACCACUCCAGCAGCCCGGGACUGGACUCUCCUCACUUUAACACCUUUGACUUUGAGAUGGCUGGCUCAGACUUUGAUGCCUUUGAUUGUGGGGGGUUUACUUUCUGAUUAUGUAAGUAUAUUUGUAUACAAUUUAGAUAUAAGGGCUCUGUUGUGGCAUUGAGGCUAUAGGCUACAUACUAAAAUACAGCAGGUCUACUUUUGAACCUAAUUAGGUUAUUCAUUUAUUCAUCUGUGGUUGCCUGAUGAUUGUUAUUGUCUCUCUAUUUUGUACUUAUCACAGUUGAUAAAUAAUUACCUGGACUUGAUAUGGGGCCAUAUCAUAGACUGUAUAGUUGUAGACUGUUUUUAUAUAUACAGUCUAUGGGCCAUAUCCAAAUGUUGCCUUUUAAAAUGUUUUUUGUUAUUCCACUGAGAGUUUCCAACAUACUGUAUACCGCAAUAAAACAUGAACAUAAAACAUUCACACCCU